CUUCCGCCCAUUUUCUACGCCUCUUAGCCUGACUAGAAAGGGUGGUCCAGCGGCGGAAGAGUCUGACGCUGUCCUGAAAGGGUGGGCUCGGUGUGGAAGAGAUGAAUCGGACAAAGGGUGAUGAGGAGGAAUAUUGGAACAGCUCCAAGUUCAAGGCUUUCACCUUUGAUGAUGAAGAUGAUGAGCUCUCACAGUUAAAGGAAUCCAAGAGAGCAGUGAAUAGUCUUCGCGACUUCGUGGAUGAUGAGGAUGACGAUGACCUGGAGAGAGUCAGCUGGAGUGGGGAACCUGUGGGAAGUAUCUCAUGGUCCAUCAAAGAGACUGCUGGUAAUAGUGGGUCAAGCCAGGAGGGGCGUGAACAGCUAAAGAGUCGGAACAGCUUCUCCACCUACGCACAACUACCCAAACCUACUUCUACCUACUCCCUGAGCAGCUUUUUUAGAGGGAGAACUAGACCUGGAAGUUUCCAGUCCCUUUCUGAUGCUCUGUCGGACGUACCUGCCAAAAGCUAUGCUCCAGAGCUGGGCAGACCCAAGGGGGAAUACAGGGAUUACAGCAAUGACUGGAGCCCCAGUGACACAGUGUGGCGCCUCCGGAAGGGCAAGGUCUGCUCUCUAGAACGAUUCCGUUCCUUACAGGACAAGCUACGACUCCUGGAGGAAGCAGUCAGCGUGCACGACGGAAACGUCAUUACGGCAGUUCUGAUCUUCCUGAAAAGGACACUGAGCAAAGAGACCCUCUUCCGAGAGCUGGAGGUGCGACAGGUUGCCCUGAGACAUCUCAUUCACUUCCUUAAAGAAAUAGGGGAUCAAAAGCUGCUUUUGGACCUCUUCAGGUUCCUAGAUAGAACAGAAGAGCUUGCGCUGUCUCAUUAUCGUGAGCACUUGAACAUUCAGGACCCUGAGAAACGAAAAGAAUUUCUUAAGACCUGCAUUGGUUUGCCAUUUUCAGCAGAAGAUUCUGCACAUAUUCAAGACCAUUACACCCUCCUGGAACGCCAGAUCAUUAUUGAGGCAAAUGAUCGACAUCUAGAAUCAGCAGGACAGACAGAGAUCUUUCGGAAGCACCCCCGCAAAGCUUCUAUCCUCAACAUGCCAUUAGUGACAACGCUUUUCUACUCGUGCUUCUACCACUACACGGAGGCUGAGGGGACGUUCAGCAGUCCAGUCAACCUGAAGAAGACAUUUAAGAUCCCAGACAAACAGUAUGUGCUGACGGCCCUGGCUGCCCGCGCCAAGCUUCGAGCCUGGCAUGAUGUUGAUGCCCUCUUUACCACAAAGAACUGGCUGGGCUACACUAAGAAGAGAGCACCCAUUGGCUUCCAUCGGGUUGUGGAAAUUUUGCACAAGAAUAGUGCCCCUGUCCAGAUACUACAAGAGUAUGUUAAUUUGGUGGAAGAUGUGGACACAAAGUUGAACUUAGCCACCAAGUUCAAGUGCCAUGAUGUCGUCAUUGAUACUUGCCGGGACCUGAAGGACCGUCAACAGUUGCUAGCAUACAGGAGUAAGGUGGAUAAAGGAUCUGCAGAGGAGGAGAAGAUUGAUGCCAUUCUGAAUAGCUCGCAAAUUCGAUGGAAGAAUUAAGUGGCAUUGGCUACCCUGAAACCUGCCUCAUUUCUUCCUUCCUGCCUGUGAAAGUAGAGCGUGCUAUUCAUUGGGAGAGUUACAGUACCACACAUUGCUUGGACCCAUCAUCAACAGGCAGUGCCUGCUACUCUGAGGACAGAAACCAGCGCCUGGGCAUAGACAGCUUCAGACUGAUCUUCUGUCCAAGGAUCAUCGUCCAAGGGCCAAGAUCUAAAGCUUUGACUCAUGAGGAAGAUUCUCUCCACCUGGUGCUCACAUGAAGGUGGGAAUAAUUUCUAGAUUGGGCCCAUAUUGGGCAAGAUCUCUCUUGGUCUGGGAAAAAUGACUGCUCUAGAAAAGAAGUCACCUAGACUAAGAGGUCAGGUGUCAUAGAGUGGCCACUCCAUUCCUCUCUGCUAAUUAUGACCCUGGACUUGGUGCUGGACAUUGGCAGUUCUGCUCUGAAUGAAGUCAGAAAAGAACCAAAAUGGCUCUCUCCCAAGGGACCUCAGGAAGGGGUGCCAGUAAUAGCCAGGAACUGUUGGAGGUGCCUUCACACCAGACUGCACAGAGUUCUCCACAUAAUGACAGAGAUUGCCCAGAUGUUGUGUUUCUUCACCCAGUGCCCUCUGAUGCCCCAGUCUAGCCUCUGUCCAAGACUUGUGGUUCUUCUCUCACCUGCACACCAAAAUGGCCUUGUGUGGGAGAUAAGGACAUCCCCGUUAUCUUUUCCUCUACUUCUCCCACCCUAAACCCAUAACCUUUUAUGGAGCUCAGAUUCAGCAGUGCUGUAGUGCUCUUCCCUUCUGCACAAAUCUCAUUAUUUCACUAGGAGCUUCCAGAAGGUUCACCAGGGCUAAACUCAGCAGCAUUUCAGACGGUUAGGAUAUUAGGUUGGAGGUUUGAGUUUCACACGUGGUUUUCAACAGGAUAUUCUGUAGUACUAGCCUCCUGCCCUGUACCAAUAUUAGCCUCUCUUCUCUGUGACUGAACUGGGUUUCCCCGACAUGCCUAGACUCUAUUAAUAAAGCUUUUUCCUCCUUGGUGCCUUC